AAGUAAUUUUUCAGUUUGAAACUGAAAAAGAAAACUACAUGCUGAAAAAUUAUUUUUGCAGAGCAUUAGUGAUUAAAGCUAGUCCAUGGCAUCACGUUUUAUUUACGUUUUGCUUUUGUUUUGAUCUUGAUUCUCUAGUUGUGAGAUUGAUGUUUCUCAUUAACUGUUUACAAUUUCCUAUUGAUAUACAUAAUUUAAAUGGGAUUCCAAAUAAAUAAUUGUUUUAAAUAAAAAUACUAUUUUUGUUUACUUAUUAGAUGUGUAGUGAUAACGACGAAAAUAAGCAAUGUUUUAUGACGAAAAAGUUGUAAAAUCUAUUCGUGACAUUAUUGAAGAUGCACCGAAAACUCUACACAAAGAAUAUUUACAGACUUUAUAUGCAGCAUUGAUUAAUAAAAAUUUAGAUUCGACUACAGACAUUGAUGCCAUUGUGAGUUCACUUCUGCUGUUAGUCAUUGAUUUUGAAGCUUCUAUUUCUAGGCGUCAUUUAGCCACUGUGAUAUUGCAAAGAUUGCCACCCAUAACUGAUAUUUCAGAAAUUAUCAAUCUAGAUGUUGGUUACUCCUUGGUAUAUGCUCUUCCUGUUUUACUAGCUCAAAACAUUGAUGAUUUUGGAACUAAGUCAGUCAUUCGAAAGUUGGCAUGGUGUUUAUGUAAUGAAAAUUGGCCUGUUGAGUAUCAAUGGAAACUCUUAACAUUUUUAUCUAAAGUUGUAGUAUCAGCAAAAUCACCACUCACACAAGGUGAUAUGACAAAAAUUACUUCUUUGCUUUCUGAAUGGCUGAUUACUCCAGCAAGUAUACCUAUUUCUAAUAGAAUGCAAGGGUUUAGAAAGUCUCCCAGUUCACUGUCCAUAACAGAAAUUGACGGGUCGACUGCUCAAGACUUUUUUACAAUAUUAAAUUAUGCAUCAGUUAUAAAUACAGAAUAUUUCCGCAACAUUCAGGUAUUUUCAAUGCUAAGAUCCUAUUUAUGCAUCUCGAAUGAAGUUGAAGGAAGAGGAUCUAAGCAAAGACUGACUGCUGUUGGUAACUAUGGAUCGGAAGAGCUGAGUUUAUCGAUUAGAGAAUAUUGUUUGAGGAUUAUUGACCAAGUGGAUCGACGUACUGCUUCAGACAGUAUGGCUCAGUUUCAAAAAGCUUGUGUCAUUGAAGCAAUCCAUCUUUUCAACAUAAUAUGUUUAAUGGAUUCUGGCAUUGUUCAUUCCAUUUUCCCCAUUAUUAGACGCAUAUACGAUUACACUUUCUCUAAUGCAUCGAAAGAUCCUGAAGCACAAGAUGUUGCUGUGAUGGCCAGCUCUAUGCAGUUUUUCAUGAAUCAUGGUAGUUCAGUCAUGCAUAAACCAGACAGUUUGUAUACUUACCUCUUCUGUGAUCUGCUUAAUGUGUGUUAUAAGGACAAUUAUAUAACAUUUGAAAUUUUACAGUUAAUGAAGGAUAAUCUAUCACAACUAUGUUAUCAUAGUAGCAUAUUAGAAAAGUAUUUUCCUACAUUUUUAAAGGUUUUAGCUUGGAGGCCAACUACAUUUAUUGAUGACUUCUUAGAAUUACUUCCAUCAUUUUUAUCUCAAAAUACAUCUAUUGAGGUUUUUCACUCGCUCUUAGAUCUUCCUUGUUUAACUGCUGUUCUUAUAUUGACUGAUAGCAAGGCAAGUGGUUCUGAAUCUGGACUUUUAAAAGACCCUUCUUUAGUUGAGGGGGUGAAGAAACCAGAAGUAACAUCAGCUAUUAAAUUUUUACUUCGAAAAACAAGUGGAAUAAGUGAUAUACAUAAGAGUGCUGUGAUAUUACAUCAAGUAUUGGCUACUGUGGGAUCAAAAAGUCGUGUUUUGUACUGUGCUGAAGUUGUAGUACCUCUGUUAAAACGCUAUUUUGAAGUUAUACUACAAUAUGCUGAUAUUUCUCUUGCUUCAUUUUUGAUAACAGCUAUUUUAGAACGACUGCCGUUGAUAUUUCCUGCCAACUAUUCUGAUGAAAUUCACUGUGUUUUAUCAGAUGCCACUUUACAGUUUUUUGAGCUUCACCCUGAAGUUGUUUUUCACUGUACGAAGAAUAUAGCGUCUUAUAUCAGUCAUUUUAAGAACUACUAUGUUGCCGAACAAAAUUUCAUUCAUGUGAUUUGGGCUGUUGGAGAAUACGUAUCUGUCGAAUAUAGUGAUAUCUGUCGACCUGAAGUUAUAGCUCUGUUCUUUGAAAAUCUGGAGAGUACUACUUAUGAGGCUUUAUCAGCAUUGCAAAGGAGUUCUGAUGAAAAGUUUUUGAAACUUUUAAGUGUCUCACUCACAACACUUUCCAAACUUGCUGCAAGAAAUCAAGAUCAAGUUCCUAGAGCUGUAUUAUGCUUAAGCAAAGCUCAGCAGCAAGUAUUGAGUUUUGGAAAUGAUUAUAAAGAGCCAUGGAAGAUAGUAACGGAACGUUUAUCAGAGUUACUAUCAAUAUUAAAUUCUCCUAGUGUUGCCUCAAUAGUGCUAAGUCCUUCCAGAACUUUAGAGAGCGGAAAAUUACACCGAGAUCCCACAUCAUUACCUUAUGUACUUAGAACUGUUACAUCAAUUGUAUCUAAAGAUAGUUCAUGAUAUAUAGCCAUCGUUAUAAACAGACUGCCAUCCAUUUGUGCUAUAUUUGUUAAUUAUGGAUAUAGAUUUUAUGUAACUAAUGUUUAAUUUUUUUUUAUUCAUACUUGUAAAGACAAUAAAUUUAUUUAUUUUGCA